AUUAUUUUAAUAUAAAUAGCAGCGUAAAACUCAAUUGAACAUUACAACAAACUUCAACUAUUAAAUAACUUACCAAGUUAAGCUACUAUUAAAUAAUCAGUCAACAUGUUGAUGAAAUUGGCACUAUUGACCAUGGUGGUGUGCGCCGUUCAGGGCAACACUGUUAACCGAUUGCUGGCCAGCAUUGGCACCGAUGCUAACGAUGCCAACACAUGUCUCUUAACACUGUUCACCGGUCACUGUCAACGGGAAAUUAAGCCCAGCCAACAGGAGGCCUACUAUUGCUGUGUGUUGUGGGAUGAGCUAGAUUGUUUCAAAGCCCACUACAAGGCCGACUGUACGCCAGCCGAUGCCGCAGAGCUCGAGAAAGACUGGGCUACUAUUCAGCUGACAAUCGCCGGUCAGGUUUACAGCGAGCCCUCGUGUACUGCCGAUCACUAUGGCGUCGAUGCCGAUUGUACGCCAGCCGAUGCCGCAGAGCUCGAGAAAGACUGGGCUACUAUUCAGCUGACAAUCGCCGGUCAGGUUUACAGCGAGCCCUCGUGUACUGCCGAUCACUAUGGCGUCGAUGUGAGCAGGGAC